UGAUCAUGCGGGGAAGCUGAAGUCUUUGCGGUCGGUUCUGCGGCUCCCUGAGAAACCAAACUAUUAAAAAAAGGUUCUCACGCUGUCACAUUGAACGUGAUGUCACUCAGCUGUGUUGGCAGCAUUUCCUUCUAGACGACGGAGAAGCAGAAGACUUAGUUUCAUGGCUGUGAUUGUAGUUGGUGUCAUAUUGCUCUGUUCCGGGUUGUUAUGGAACAGGACUUUCCUCGUAAGCGGCCAGAGCUGUGUGAAUGAAAGCAGAUUUGAGGAGAAGCUGGUGUAUGUGGGCCAGCGGGCUCUUCCAUACCGGCUGCAGUGCCCUCUAAAAUCUGUUCCACCGCAGAGCUCGGCCCAGAUUCAGAUUACAUGGCUGAAGGACUGCCAGCAGCUUCCAAGUCAGGUCACCGAAACUUUUCUUGAGUUUCCCAGCAUCCACUUUAAGGAUCAGGGAAAUUACACUUGUGUGGAACAGAACAGCACAGCGUCCUUCACUGUUCACCUCAGAGUUGAGGAAUCUCAGUGUGCCAAACCCCCCGCGUUCAAACCCAGUGAGGAAUCGAGUAAACUUUGGAAGAGGUUGGGCUCCACUGUGAAACUGAACUGCACCGCCCUCCUCUGGGACGCAGCAGAGGAAAGAUGUGACAUCACGCUGCAGUGGCAGAAAGAUGGCCAGCUCUUUACAAACCACACAAACAACACAUCGUCAUGGCCGUCUGGUGAUGGCCAGCUGAUGGUGAGUAGUCUGUUAGAGAUCAUCCUUAAAGAGGCAGAGGAUUUUGGAGUUUACAGCUGCUCGGUGAGGAACAGUUCAUUGGACUUCAUCAUACAGAAUUCCGACAAUCCCAGCCACACGGCUGCUGUUAUCGCAGCUAUCGUCCUCCUCAUCCUCCUCGCUGUGGCUGCUGUUGUUUACUCUCAGUGCCACCUGAACAUCAAGCUCUGGUACAGGAACCUGUAUGGAGAUUAUGAACUUAAUGAUGGAAAAUUAUACGAUGCCUACAUUUCAUACGUGAACAACGACGCUGACAGAAAGUUCAUCAACUUUAUACUCAAACCUCAUCUGGAAAAUCAAAGUGGAUACAAAGUUCAACUCUGUGACAAUGACAUCCUACCUGGAGCAGAACCUUCUGCAGAGCUCCUAAUGAACAUGAGUCGCUCCAGGCGUCUUAUUGUUCUCCUCUCUCAUGCCUACCUGGAGCAGGACUGGUGCUUCAAUAAUUUCAGACAGGGCCUGCUGCACUUACUGGAGAUAUGUCAGCAGCCUAUCCUCAUCAUGUGGGACGGUCAGUACAAGCAGAUGAGCUCUGAGGUCAAGCAGCAGCUCAGUACGCACCAGCAUCGCCUCACUGUAUUGACAUGGAGGCACAACUCUGUGAUUCCUUCCUCUGUUUUCUGGAAGGAGCUAGCUUUAGCCAUGCCUCGCCAAGUCUUCUUUCAUAAGGAAUCUGCUGGCGAUCCUCAGACUGUGCUGCAGGAUGACAAAGACCCCAUGCUGACUCUUGAUCCCGACUACCUGGACUGUCGCUCAGAAACCGACCCAGCAGGAGACCUGGGGGUCCGCCUGCCUGUGUACAGGGCUCUCGCCUGUACGGCGCCCGUCCUUCCUGCUGCACCCCUUAAAGCAGCGGAGCCAAAACCUUCUGACAUAGACGUGUCGGAUCUGGGAUCACGCAACUAUGGAGCACGCUCAGACUUCUACUGCCUGGUGACAGAGGAAGACAUCUGAUCCACACUUAUCCUAAAAAAAAAAAAAAAGACAGCCAAUUCCCACAAAUUUUCAAAGCAUUUUGUUUGCUACUUAAAUCAACACUUUUUUUUUCAAUUUCCAUUUAUAAAAUUAUUUGUACAGAUUUGUGAAAUAUUUAAAUGUUUUAAAAUGAUAAAUUGUUUAAGCAUGUUGGAUCUUUUAGAUCCAACAGACUGCAGAGAAGCUGAAAUAAAUUUUAAAAACUUG